AUGUUUCAUGCACACUUCUUACCUGACGAGAAGAAGUGGGAGAUGCGAUUGAUUCCUGGUCUGAUGGCUGAACUCUCAUUGACCCAUCCUCAGGUGCACGCAGAGUUUGGGCCAUUUGGAAGGACAUUCAAUUUCCAGGGCAAACUCGAUGAUGCCACUUUGACCUCGAUUCAUGAGACAAUAAGCGAUUGGCUUGAGAAUAACAAAGUCGAAGAUCGUUCGGAUUCGACAUUCCCCUCUGGCAAUUUAGAUGCAGAAGAGGCUGCCCCAACUAUGCACCCCCUCGACCCUGGCAAGACGGAUCAAAUCGAGGAAUGGAUCUCCGAGAUUGCUAUAAAGGAUCCUAUCUCCGUGGAAACCGAACCAGCAACGACAACCCUAGACCCUGGUUUGACCGAGGCUGCUCGCACAGAAAUCGAUACCUUGCCCAGCCUCGAUCUCUCAUCCAUGCGCCCUGAGUCCAAGUCUCUGUCAGAGAACAAGAAGCCUCGGGGAAUCAAGACGCGCAGAGCCACUUAUAUGGAGGCCAAUCCUCCAAUUAAAGCUCUUGCCCCAGCACCCUCCACCAUGGCUGAUGCUUCUCCUGCGCUGUCUCGCCCUCUCCCUAUAAGACCGUCACCGCAUCUCUUGGAUAUGGACGAUCCUGCUGACCUCAGCUCUCAACUCUCACUCGCAUUCUCACUUUUGCAGCCGACCUUGGUGAAAGGUGUGGUGAAGGAACAAUUGAGUCCAGCGACUGAGGCAGCUUCGCUGACUGGCACUGAGGGAACUACUCACCAGGAUAGCGGUGCUCAGGAGCAUAGCGGGGACUCCAUCCCCAGUCACUCUUGCUAUGCUACUCCCCCAACGGAAGACUGA